UCUUGGGGUCUGAAUACGUCAUCCGAUCCGGCUGGUACCUCAUAGAGCAUUCGACGGGUAUAGCACCCUGGACAGGCGGGAAGGAUUCCCUGCCUAUAAAAAAGCAGGCACUUUUCAGGAGCACCACAGUAACCGUACAGGGUCAAAAUUCCACGGCAACUCGCGGUAAUAAUUGUCAGAUUUUGUAACUUAGAUCACGUGCGCAACUAGUUUCACAGCAAGAUAAGCAGCACAGUGCAAUCGGUACACAGAUAUACACAUUUUUUCUCAGCCGAAACAUGUAUCCAGCCAGGUUUUCUAUCUGUUUGUUCGCUUUUGCCUCGCUGUGCGUAUUCAUGGGACCAUCCGCAGCACUACCUCUCCAGCAAUUCCUGAAGUUGCACCGUCCGUCCAGAAGUGUCAGUGCGCUUCAGAGGCACACCUCGCAUUUGGCCAACGAGGCAACGAUUGUGAAAGGCUCGACCGACACGCUUCAUGAAAAUUACAUGAAUGAUCGCUUUGGACAAACCACCAUAGUCCGUACCCAGGAUUUAACAGCGCCCUCUUUAACUUUGCCCGGCACUUACGCAGUGGACGCAAAUCAUAUCUCGGACAGCGAGAUUGCCGAACGGCAUUACGAUAACUUGGUCUGCUACAAGCAAGUGCUGAUUAAGGUCAACGCGACAGAGCCAACGCACUCGAGCAGUAUAAACGACGUUAUCCAGAAAGUGAAACUCCUGAUCGCAAGGCUCACAGAAGUGCGUGAGUUGUUCAACCAGUCGUCCGCCGACCCCCAGCCUUGCUCCUCGGACACCUUCGAUCAGAACACAGAGAGGGACCAGCGAACCCUGUACGUCCUGCAAGAGUUCAUCGCCUACAUGUACCAAGUGGCCAGCGACUUCGGCGUUCUCUCUAGCCACUACCAAUAGCGCACGCCAGACCUUCGGUUCUCACGACAAGACGACAGCAGGAAGAUCUUCUCGUUUGUAGUAGAGUAACUUCAAAUUCCAACCUGAUGCGGAGUUGGGAUUUAAAACAGCGAAUAAGUUUACUAUAACAGCGCACCCUGCAGCCCAGUACUGGUAUAAAUUCUGUUUAGGUGUUAUUCAGAUAAAGUACUUCUGAAAUCUCCGUUGUUGCCUUUAGGAAAAAAUGUCCAUCAUGAUUGCUACAAGCUUAAAAAUUCAUUGUCUCUUAUUUUGAAAAGAAAUGUGUACAUCUAUUUUAAUGUAUCUAAUAUUUAUACCUUUUCCUAUUAACUUAUUGUAUGAGUAUUAUAUUACAUACAUUCCUUAAAAUGAUUCUUUUUAACUUAUUUAUUUAUGUCCAAAUCAUAAAUACACAAAUUAUAUCUAUUGUUUAAUUGUAACGGUGUGUGUAGAAUUUAACAAACUUGCAAUAAAGUGUCAAGCGGAAUACUUGUUUCAAAAAAGGAAGAGAGUUUUAUGAUGCAAUGUUCCACUGAUCAGCAAUCUGUCAAUCCAUCAUAUAAUGCGGGCCAUCAUGACUGAUACAAGCU